AUGCUUUUGCCCUUUUUGAUUUUUUCGUUCAUUGCUUAUAUCCAAGCAGUCAGUGUUGUUGAAGAUAACUUGAACUUCGAUUUGGAACUCAUUAAGCAUCAGCCAUGUGCAUACGGCUCAAAGAGUAAAUGGACGAAAAAGUUAGAAUUUGAGUCUGGAAAUGAUAAGAAGGGUCCAAAGCUAGAACCAGUUGAUGGAAAGUCCAACUGUUUCGCCAUCGGCGGCAAAGUUGAAGUGCUUCAGGACUUCCCAGGAGACUUUUCCAUCUAUUUAGAGCUUAGAAACACAGCCAAGAAAAAUCAAGUGCCAGAAGCUUGUGUCAAGCAAGGUUCAGACGGUUGUGGCGGUUUCGGAUCCUGUCUAUAUUGUAAUGCUUGUAAGACUUUCGGAGAUAACUUAGGAGUUCAAGCUCAACUUUUACUGGAUGGAAAGCCAAUUAAGUGUACCGAUGGCCUACCAAAAGGAACUUAUGAGAAUUUGAAAUUGGCUUUCUGCUUACCACGUAUGGAGGACAUCCUAAAAUCUCAAGGAUUAACAAAAGAAGCUUUCAUGCAACUAAUAAACGAGGAUGCUUCAUCUAUCCGAGCUAUGGGAGUAUUCGCUACCGUAUAUGUGUUUGAUAAAGACGUCAGCCAACAAAUGCAGACACAAAAUCGAAUUGAAAGCGUUUAUAAAGCGAAUCGCAAAGGACUCUUUAAGGAUGAGCCUCUCCCAUCAGAUGUCUACUGGAGCUUACCUUUCAACAUGAUGAUUAAGAACCAGCAAGCUUACGUCGCUUGUCAUAAAAUCUAUGGAAACAUCCGUGUUAAGAAUACAAACGCUUAG